AUGUCGAAACGCGACAUCGUCCUUACCAAUGUUACCGUUGUCCAGCUGCUACGACAGCCAUGCCCAGUGACCAGAGCACCACCACCACCGCCACCACCCCCACCUGAGCCCAAGAUUGAGGAGCCCCCACCUGAACCGCUGCCUGAGCCAGUCAGGGACGAAGUAAAGCCACCGCCGCCACCACCACCUCCCCCUCCUCCACCACCACCACCUCCUCCUCCACCUAAGAAGGCUUCUAUACCCAAGGAGUUGACUGUUGGCAUCAAUGGAUUUGGACGCAUUGGUCGCCUGGUGUUACGUGCCUGCAUGGAGAAGGGUGUUAAGGUGGUGGCAGUGAAUGACCCAUUCAUUGACCCGGAAUACAUGGUAUACAUGUUUAAAUAUGACUCUACCCAUGGCCGAUACAAGGGGAAUGUGGACUACAAGAACGGCCAGCUGGUUGUGGACAACCAAGAGAUCACUGUCUACCAGUGCAAGGCGCCCAAAGAAAUCCCCUGGAGGAAUGUCGGGAGCCCCUAUGUGGUAGAGUCCACAGGCGUGUACCUCUCCCUAGAGGCAACUUCGGAUCACAUCUCAGCAGGUGCCCAGCGUGUGGUCAUCUGUGCACCCUCACCAGAUGCACCCAUGUUCGUCAUGGGUGUGAACGAAAACGACUAUAACCCUAACUCCAUGAACAUUGUCAGUAAUGCAUCCUGUACCACCAACUGCCUGGCCCCACUUGCCAAAGUCAUCCAUGAGCAAUUUGGGAUUGUGGAAGGGCUGAUGACCACUGUCCACUCCUACACGGCCACCCAGAAGACAGUGGAUGGGCCAUCAAGGAAGGCCUGGCGAGAUGGACGUGGUGCCCACCAGAACAUCAUCCCAGCCUCCACUGGGGCUGCCAAAGCCGUGGGCAGUGUCAUCCCAGCGCUCAAAGGGAAGCUGACAGGAAUGGCCUUCCGAGUACCAACUCCAGACGUGUCUGUCGUGGACCUGACCUGCCGCCUGGCACGACCCACCCCCUACUCAGCUAUCAAGGAGGCUAUGAAAACAGCAGCCAAGGGGCCCAUGGCUGGCAUCCUUGCCUAUACUGAGGAUGAGGUCGUCUCCACGGACUUCACUGGCGAUACCCACUCGUCAAUCUUUGAUGCGAAGGCCGGCAUUGCACUUAACGACACAUUUGUAAAGCUGAUUUCUUGGUACGACAACGAAUAUGGCUACAGUAACCGGGUAGUAGACCUCCUCCGCUACAUGUUCAGCCGGGAAAAGUGAAUGGGGAAGCCCCUGCUUUGCUUCCCUGGGCUCCCCAGCCGGAACCGGUCCCUUCUGUUCCCGCGUUUGGCUGCCCGGGUAAAGAAGGGCACCCGGUGUGAGGGUUCGUCGCCGCUGGGUCACAGACGAAAUAAAAACAAGUCCUCACAGUUGAGCCCAUGUCUCUGCGCCGAUCACCGCGGGUUCAGA